AUGAGAUGGAAUGCCAAACUCGAUUUGUCAAUCUCACAGAGGCCAGAGGGGAUAGAGAGAACAGGAUACAGUUUAAUCAUUAUGCUUGAACCAGGGAAGUCCACACCAAAUGAGAGAUCUAAGAAGGCCAUCAUGAAGAUCACCAGUAAAGGAGGUAGCGCAAGAGGUCCAGGAAGGAGAGGGAUGGGCAUCAUGAACUCCUUCAUCAAUGACAUCUUCAAGCGCAUCGGUGGUGAGGCAUCUCAUCUCACACAAUACAAAAAGCACUCCACCAUCACAUCAAGAGAGAUCCAGACAGCUGUGUCUGAGGGCACAAAUGCCAUCACUAAGUACACCAGCUCCAAGUGA